AUGUCUAUCAGCUCUCAAGAGAUAUUAUCCAAGUUCUGGUUCAACUACUGUGGCAGAAAAUCAGAAAACGUUCUUUCGAUCUUCCCCCCCGAGCUCCAUGAGUACUUGCUUGCCGACAUCGCCGUUCCCUGUCGAUUGCCUAGUGCAACAUAUGAUGCUGCAGCCCAAAAAUGUCAAGAUGAUGUACAGGCCAUCGUCAGGGAGUGCAUGCGCACCAACAACAAAUUCAGUGAUCCGGAAUUCGAUAUUGAUCGAGACUUCUCUUCGAACGAUGAUAACUGCCUUUUUGGCAUUAUAAGAGACGACGUAGACUUGGGUGACCGCCCCGGCUCUGUUCAUAGGGUACCGUGGAUCUUCGAGAAUCCGCAAUUUGUAUCAAACGGUUUUAACUCGGACAUAAAACAAGGAAAUAGCAAGAAUUGUUGGUGGCUCGCAGGUCUGGCUGCUGUAAGUCGUCGGAAGGACCUGUUAGAAAGGAUCUGUGUGGCCCGUGAUGAGAAUUGCGGUGUUUACGGAUUUGUUUUCUAUCGAGAUGGUGAAUGGAUCUCUACUGUUGUGGAUGAUAAUCUUUACCUGUGUGAAAAGGAUAUCAGUAGUGACAUAUAUGAUACUACAGGGAGGAUGUCAUUAACCUAUAGGAAGCAUAAACAGACAGGCUCUGAUGCUCUUUUCUUUGCAAAAUGUGGAGGCACUGAUGAGACAUGGUUACCACUACUAGAGAAAGCGUUCGCUAAAGUUCAUGGUGAUUACGCGGCACUUGACAGUGGCUGGGCGGGUACGGCAGUUGAAGACCUCACUGGUGGUGUCACCACUGUCAUUAGAGGUGAUAUGCUUCUCUGUAAAGAGCGGCUUUGGUGCGAACUUCUUGCAAUAGGGGAGGGAAACCUUCUCUUCAGUCUUUCUACUGGCAGUCAAGGUGAUGGCUAUAGAAAUGGCCUUGCUUUGAGGCAUGACUACACUGUGCUUGAUGCUAUUCAGGUAGAAGACGAGCUUGGAGACACAGUUUCCCUGGUCAAGAUCCGUAAUCCAUGGGGUCAGAGGUGCCCAAGUGGUUAUGGAGAUUGGGUUGGUGCAUGGUCUGAUGGCUCUGAAAGCUGGACCCCUUUCAUGAUGAAGAAAUUGCAGCACAAAUUCGGAGAUGAUGGCACGUUUUGGAUGUCGUUUCAAGAUAUGUUAGACAACUUCCAUUGUAUCUAUAAGACUCGCCUCUUCGAUCAACAGUGGACGAUAACACAACAGUGGAUAAAUGUGAGCGUCCCCUGGCUAGGAGAUUAUUUAAAAAAGAGGUUUAUCCUGAAACUCCCACAAGAUGGAAUGGUAGUUCUGGUUCUUUCUCAGCUAGAUGACCGGUACUUCCAAGAUCUUAGAGGCGAAUAUGAAUUCACGAUUCACUUUGCCUUGAGAUUACUGGGAAAGAGAACGCCCAUCUGCCAAGUGCAGCCCGUCCAUCACUUGGAUACACGGUCUGUAAAUUGCGAACUCACCCUUGAGGCUGGGACAUAUGAAAUCAUACCUAAGAUUGUGGCAGAACGAGACGAAUUGUACAUGCCUGUCGAGAAAAUGGUAUGUCUUGCAGCAUAUAUGAACCCUGCCAAGCUCAGACAAGCUGGAAGAUCAUAUGACCUCGCACACGCCAAGGCAGGAGAGAUUGAUGGCGGAAAUCUUAUAACCACCGCAGCAGGGAAAGAUCCUACAUUCAUGCAAGUCCUGCCUACUAGAUUGAAAAAGGAUCUAUCAGGCUCAUAUCCUAAAAUUAUGAGACAUGACACCGAGUCCAAGCCUGCGUCUGAGUCUGGCUCUGAUACCGAGUCUGACUCUGAUACGGCUACUGACACCACGACAGACUGGGACACCAAGCACACGUGGAGUCCGUCAUGUGUUAUUGGCCUACGUGUUUUAGCGCGGUUCGGAGGCGUCGAAAUCAGAGUUACCGACGAUUAG